ACGAACAUUUCACUUACCGUCCGCCAUGUUUGUUGUUAGUAUUUACGCAAUGUGGGUGGUCUCUACGUAAACUCUUGUUUGCAGUUACGUACUUUCUAUGAUAGGACAAGAGGGCGCGUGCCCCUCCUCUCUUACCCUUUUGUUCGUUCGGUAACCGCCCCGUCCAAUUUGAUCAACAUUUGGACCACCAUGUCGGAGAAUAUGUGGCAACUGUAGACGCUGCAAAAGUUGAGGCAACCCAAGCAAAAGGCAAAAUCGUUAUGUAAUGGAUACGAUAGCAAGUCGUCGGGUGAAUGAGUUCUCCGGGAGGAAGAGGCAGCAGAAAGAAGCGAGGCCCUACAGGGUCCCCGCCCGACGGAUGGGACAUCUGCGACCAGGUGUCACUACAUAAACGAAAUGUGUACUACUUCUUCUACCCACUGCUGGCGUUGUUUGCAGUGCUCCGUGUCCUAGUCUUGAAUUUUGGCGUACUCUUCGCCUGGCUGUGCGAGCGGAUGUCUCGCGCUAUGGUUGCGAGACCCAAACAACGGGCAGCAGACGAACACGCGGACAAGCAGGACAGCGCGGUGUGCAAGCAGGACAGCGGCGAGCAGAUCCGAAACAGCCACAAACAAGCAUUCGAGUACAUCUCAGUGGCUCUGAGAAUUGACGAGGAUGACAAAGUGCACAAGGAACAGGCAGUCCAGUGGUACAAACGUGGAAUCGCAGAGCUCGAGAGGGGCAUCGCGAUCGAGGUAGCUGAAAACGGCGAGAAAUAUGAACGUGAUAAACGUCUACAGGCCAAGAUGAUCACCAAUCUGAUCAUGGCAAAGGAUCGCCUGGAGCUUUUAGCAAAGCUGUGUUCAGGGCCAGCUCAGAGAGACAUCUAUACAGAGAGCUCAAACCAGUCGUACCAUAACGGGCAUCUACGCUCAGUAAGUGGAGCCGUACCCAAAAAGAGGGACUCCCUGACUACUCACUCCAGUCACUCCCUCCCACGACCAAAGCAUACGGCCAAAAAAACCUUGGUGGCAGGCCACGGGGGCCACCAGCGCUCCCCCAGCUUCAGUGGGCCCUCCAGCAGUCACACACAGCACAGACCGGCCCUCCAGUCCAACAGCAACAAGGGUAAAGCGGGCUGUAAACCCACCACCACCACUCCCACAUCUAUGUCCCCACUGAAGAACAGGGACAUGAAGAACUUGAAGAAUGUGGACAGCAAGCUUGCCAACCUCAUCCUCAGCGAGAUCGUAGACAGUGGCUCAUCAGUGAGGUUCGAGGACGUUGCUGGCCAGGAGCUGGCUAAGCAGGCCCUACAGGAAAUAGUCAUCCUGCCUGCACUGAGGCCAGAGUUGUUUACAGGCUUGAGGGCUCCAGCACGAGGCCUUCUGCUCUUCGGUCCUCCUGGCAACGGAAAGACGAUGCUGGCUAAAGCAGUGGCCAUGGAGUCCAACGCCACAUUCUUCAACAUAAGUGCAGCCAGCUUGACCUCGAAAUAUGUGGGGGAGGGAGAGAAGCUGGUGCGAGCUCUGUUUGCCGUCGCCAGAGAACUGCAACCCUCGAUCAUCUUCAUAGAUGAGAUUGACAGUCUACUCUGUGAGAGGAGAGAGGGAGAGCAUGAUGCCAGCAGACGACUCAAGACCGAGUUCUUGAUUGAAUUUGAUGGGGUGCAAUCUGGUGGGGAUGAGCGGGUGUUGGUGAUGGGAGCCACCAACAGACCUCAGGAGCUGGACGAGGCUGUUCUUAGGCGAUUUGCAAAACGGGUGUACGUGGCUUUACCAACAGAAGAGACACGGCUAAAACUGGUCAAGAACCUUUUGGAGAAGCACGGAAAUCCUCUCGCACAGAAAGAACUGUCCCAGCUUGCCAGAAUGACAGAAGGCUAUUCUGGCAGUGACCUGAACUCGCUGGCCAAAGAUGCGUCCCUCGGUCCCAUCAGAGAGUUGCGUCCUGAACAAGUCAGGAACAUGGCCGCAAACGAGGUAAGGAAUAUCAGGUUCUCUGAUUUCGUGGAGUCACUGAAGAAGAUCAAGAGGAGUGUCGGACCACAAACGCUGGACCUGUAUGUGCGCUGGAACAAGGACUAUGGGGACACCACUGGUGUAUAAGAUGAGAGGGGACACAUACAGUCUCUGUCCUAACCCUGAACCUCCAUUGAAGCAGUGGAUUGAAAAGUGUUUUGAACAGAGUUGUUUUUGUUAUUGUUUUACUUUAACGCAAAGGUCAUAGGACUGUUCGAAUAAACUAUUUAUUGUGUGUUAUGAUACGGCUGUUGUCUUCCAGACUAUUAUAGUCACAGUGAUUUUAUAAAUAAAUACGUAUAAAUAUCCUUCAAUUUGAAAUUAUUCAUAAAACGGUACAUUGAGACAAGGCACAUGUACAGUGCAUUCAGAAAGUAUUCAGACCCCUUAGCUUUUCCCACAUUUUAUGUUGCAGACUUAUUAAAAAAA